AUGACACCACCAACUUCACCUUUUAAUAUGAAAGUAUUGACCGACACUUUACAAGUAAAUAGUUUCAUUGAUAAUAUAGUCAGUGGUACAUUCGAUGUCAAUGUGAAAAUUCAUGAAUGGUUCAGAUCAGAAGAAUUUCCUUUGAGUGUAUUGUUGAAAAUAGAUCAAUUCACCAAAUCAGAAAUAAUAUUCAAUCAUUCAUUGAAAUUCGAUAAUGGUCAAAUGCAGAAAAUAAUCGUACCAUUCACAGCACCAGUUAACGAUGACACUGUGAUUCGUGUGAGAAUAAGUCGAUAUUCUUCAUAUUGUGAGCAAGAUAUGGGACUCUACAUCAAACAUGAUGGUCAACCACAAUUGGAAACUGACUACGAUCGAAUGAAACGAUUGGAACCACUUGGUGGUAGUAUCUAUCGAUACUCGGAUAAGAAUGUAUACUACGGCCAUUGGACAGCGAUCAACAGCUAUUCAGUGGAGAAUCUGACCAGAUUUUACUUUGGUCAUGGUUCUAGCUCUUCAACAAGAGAUGACGGAAGUAAAUUAUAUGGAUUCAAUUCAUCGGGUGUCCAUUUGAAUCUCGAACAUUUUGCAGAUAUCGUGUGUCAUCAUGCUUUGAGAUUACAAUCCGAUUACAUUAUCCUUUACUAUACUGAUCAAAAUGGUGGCAGCGAUCACAAACUCACAGUACUAGCUAACGAUACCGAUGAUUUCGACACACACAAACUGAUAGAUUUAAUCCAAUUAGGAUAUAAACAUUGGAUAGAUUUGGAAUGUAAUUAUGAAACAAAAACAACGAUUAUGAAAAAGAUAAAAACGUCAUAUAUUUUAAACACAACUAGAUUUUCAGUCAACACACCCCAUAGCUAUGAAAACAGGUCUUAA